GCCUUGGCCAGCCGGAGAAGUUGAUACACUGCCUAUAUUUUUUUGUAAAUGUUGAUUUUUUACACUUUCAAAAACUUUGAUCUACAAAAGUACAAUCAUGCUGUCGAUGACAGGCACCGAAGCUUUUUUUCAACCAGGAACUGCUGGCGUAGCAGCAACACAAGUUGAAGUUUCAGUGUCUUGCAGAAACCUUAAAGAUAAAGAUGUUCUGUCGAAAUCAGAUCCAAUGUGUGUUCUCUAUACUACACAAUUGGGAUCAAAACAAUUUAAUGAGUAUGAAAGGACAGAACAGGUCAAAGACAACCUUAAUCCGGAUUUCGUCCAUAAAUUCAACAUGACCUAUCUCUUUGAAGAAUGCCAAAGACUCAAAUUUGAAAUAUAUGAUGUAGACUCACCAAAAUCUACUCUGAAUGCUCAUGAUUUUCUUGGGAAGCUUGAGACCACACUGGGAGAAGUCCUAGGCUCAAUGAACAAUAGAUUGGAAAGAGAUCUCAAAGACAAUGAUAACAAAUCUUGUGGAAAAAUAAUAGUAACAGCAGAAGAAGUUGGUGAUUGCAAGGAUGAAGCCCUCCUUAAUUUCCGAGGAAGGAAACUCGAUAAGAAGGAUUUCCUCGGAAAGUCAGACCCAUUCCUUGUAUUCUACAAGUUCAAUCCUGUUGGAAGUUAUACAAUAUGUCACAAGACUGAAGUGAUCAAGAACAACUUAGAUCCAGUUUGGAGACCUUUCUCACUCAUGGUCAGAACUCUAUGUAAUGGUGAUCUUGAAAGAACCAUCAAGGUCGAAUGCUAUGACUGGGAUAGCGAUGGAAGCCAUGAUUUGAUUGGUGAAUUCAAGACAAACAUGAAACAACUGUCUGAAGGCAGAGGAUCAUUUGAGCUUAUUAAUCCAAAGAAAGCUGCAAAGAAGAAGGGAUACAAGAACUCUGGUACAAUUGAACUUGUGAGUUGUUCUGUGCAGAAGAAAGCUAGUUUCUUAGACUAUAUAUCAGGAGGAAUGCAGAUCAAUUUUACUGUGGCAAUAGACUUCACUGCUUCAAAUGGCAAUCCCAAUCGAACCAACUCGCUACAUUACAUCAAUCCCUAUAGUCCUAAUCACUAUGAACAAGCCAUCACAGCAGUAGGAGAAAUCAUCCAAGAUUAUGAUUCAGAUAAACUCUUUCCAGUUCUUGGUUUUGGUGCUAAGAUACCUCCUAAUGGACAGGUUUCACAUGAAUUCCCUGUGAACUUCAAUGCUCAGAACCCUUUUGUAGUGGGACUCCAUGGUAUCCUUCAGUCAUAUAAGUCCUGUAUUUGUCAAGUUCAGCUUCAUGGUCCUACCAACUUCUCACCCGUCAUCAAUCAUGUAGCAAAGUUUGCCAAGCAGUAUCCAGAUGGUUCUAAUUAUUUCAUUCUUCUGAUCAUCACUGAUGGUGUUAUAUCAGAUAUGGAGAUGACCAAGAUGUCUAUCAUAAAUGCAAGCAAGCUACCUAUGUCCAUCAUCAUUGUAGGAGUUGGCCCUGCAGAAUUUGAUGCUAUGGAGGAGUUAGAUGCUGAUCAGAAAGCUUUAUCAUUCCAAGGUCAUGUAGCACAGAGAGAUAUUGUACAGUUUGUGCCAUUCCGUGAUUACAUCAGUGCAACUGCAGGGAAUGUAGAUCUAAGUCAGGCAAAGCUUGCCAAGGAUGUGUUAGCUGAAGUUCCAAACCAGGUAUUAGCCUUCAUGAAGAGUAAAGGAAUACCUCCUAAAGAUGUUCCAGCAUCACACCAAUCUCUAAAUGCUGCUACACCAACCGUGCCUCCCACUCAAUAGACUGAUCAAUUAUACAUAGAGACAACAAACAUCUGGCAUCUCCUAAAUUUUAUAUUCUCCCGUCUCGACUUCUUGACAACCUGGAGAUUUGAUUGCCCAAAAUUCCCAAAUACAUUAUGACUGCACUGCACAUUAAAUGAUCACACAGCUCUAGGAUUGUAGAUGGUUAAUAUGAUGCCUUAUUUGUAUAGUAAACCUGAAUGAAUUGUGACCAGCCACCCCAAAACCAACAAUAAGUCGCCUAGGAAGGUUCUCUGUAAAUAGCAAAAAAUAGUGAUUUAGUCUUGAAAAAGCAAAAAUGUAAAGUUAGCUUAUUUGAAAGAAUAACUCUUCUUCUUCUUCACACUGUCAAAAUUUCAAGUUGUAGGGUUGUAUAGAAAACAAAAUACAAGAGUUUCUUUGACACAUAUUUUUGAAGACUGCUUGGAAGUUCAAUUGAAUUUACACAGGGUGAACUCUCAUGCUUGAGUGAACCCUGAACUUCAAACAUUGUUUUCUCCUCUUCUCUUCUGAAUCUGUCACUUAGAUUCGUCUACAGUCAAUCAAUUACUCUUGUAGGUUAUUGUUGAUUAAUUUUGAUAAGUUAUAUAUCAUUCUAAAGCUUGGGAUGUGCUUUUUCAAACUCGAUAAGAAUAUAAGAAUUCAUUUUAGGUGACGUAUUGUUGGUUUUGGGGUAACAGGUCACAAUUUAUGUUUCAAUGAUGAAUUGAUUUCUUUUAAAUGAUAAAAUAAGCAAAAUACAAUAGAGUAAAAAAACACAUGUAUAUGAGAUUUAAAUUCAACCCGGAGAGAUAUUAUGUAAGCUGGAGAUAUGCCUUAUGGUGAAGAUUUAUAGUCUCUGAAUACAUGCACAUGAACAUUUUUUAGCAGUUGAUCUUUUUUAAGGAUUUAUACUUAUAGCUGUAUUUAAAGUUGAUCAGCAGAGUUGAACAAUUAUAGUGCAAAUGAAAAUCAACUUUUUGAUAUGUACUAACAAUCUAAAAACAAACCAUUAAUCAGCAUUAUUCAUUUACAUGGUACUUGCUGAUGGAUAUUAAUAAAUAAUAAACACCAAUCACAAACAAGCAUUUAUAUCACUCUUAUACAAAUUUAUGUGUUGAAAUAUUGUAACAUAGAUGUUUUUAUAGAGAUAUUUAUGUGGUAUUGGUGUUCUUUCAAUCUUGUCAUGCAUUUAUAUCUUAUUAUGCUUUUUUAUUCUCUUACUGGUACCUCUUUUCAUGUGUCUUCAAUUUUAUCACUUGUUUGUUCACAGUCUUUCAUAGUUAAAAAAUAUGUCAGAAGAAUUUAUUUUAACAAUACCACAUCAUGUUUAUUAAAUGAGGUUCAUCUUAAAUUCAGCUUGGAUGAGCAAAUAUUAAUUUAAGCCUCCAUGUGUUUGGCCCUGAAUGGGAAGUUCACCCUGGCAUUGUUUGAAAGAUAUAAAUUGUUAAAACAUAUCAAAGAUUAGAUGAAAAUCUAUUAAAAAUAACAGAAUUAUAGAAUAUCAUAUUUAAUUUUGUGACAUCACAUGUGAAAAGCUUGCUCAUAUUUCAUAUCUAUAUAAAUUCAAGUUACAUAUUCUAAUGAAAUUGAAUAUGUUUUAACCUACAAAGUCAAUGGAAUUAGAAACAUUUCAAGUUUUAAAAUUAUUAAAAAUAAGAUCGGAAACAUAUUCAAUGUGUUGAUGUCUGAAAUGUACAUUCAUAUGUUAUACAAUAAAUGAAAUAUCAAUUCUUCUCCUUUAUUAGUUUUCUGAAAUGGUAACUUUUAUAUGUUAGAUGCAGAAAGUCAUUAAUGUAUAAAGUCAUUACUAUUACUCGUCAUUUGUAUUAUGCAGUGUUUCCUUUUAUAUGAAAUGGAAUAAGACUAAGUUAAAUGUAAAUUUGUCAUUAAUAUUGUGUUUUAUGGUACAUAUGUUGAUUGUACAGACAUGUUGACAUAUUAGUUCAUGCAUUAGAUUACUUAGAAUAUAUAAAGAUACAUAUCAUAAAUAAUGAUUGCUUGCUCCAUGCCAAUGAUCAAUGGCAGCUCCAGGAGCUGUAUUGAUAUGGAUAUAUGUUCAAUUGAUGGUUCUUAAAAAAUAGAGGGGUCAUAUGUCCCUUACAUCCCUGCAGGAUCCACCACUUCUGUUCAUUACUUUAUAUAUAAAAGACCUGCCAACCAGUACAUUUUUGGCGUAUUUUACUACGUUUUUGCAACCAAAAUAUGACAGUACGUUUUUUCUUCAAAAAAUAUGCUUUUGUAAAAAAAAUAAUUAAUUUUUUUUUCACAAAUCGUAAUUCGAGAAAAAUCUUCUCUAUAUGUUUCUAUUUCAUAAAACUUACACCUAUAUGGAUAUUAGAUCAUUGUAAUUUCAUGUAACUUUUUUUUUUUUUCAAUCAUUUUGUUAAAACCAGGGUGAGAUAUACACACAUUUAAAAGUUUUGGGGUUUUUUCAUCUGCAAGAGCAGUGCACAUUUUAGCUUGCAUGCAGCUUGAGCGCCAUGAUGAGCGAAUAAGCCACGCAUUUGUUAUGAAAUACACUUUUUUUUUAAUCACAGAAUACCAUUUUUCAUUUCCAGAGGUUGGCAGGACUGUAUAUAGGACUGACCCUUAACUCUAUACAAAUGUGCCAUUUUAAGCUCAAACAUAACUAAUUCAUCUCUUUAUUAUGCACAUACAUCUCAAAAGGACUGCCAAAGAAAUGGGAAUGGGCCAUGAUCUGUCUCCCAGAAUUCCCCAAAUCUUUCAAUAUUUAUAAUUGUGCCUGUUUCUUUCUACUAUUUCAAUUUAUGAAUUUUUAUAACGCAGUUUUUGUUUUUCUGAUUUUGUUUUUGAAUGUUAAAUGCACAUUGAAUUUAUGAUGGAGUGUAUUAAGAAUGAAAUGCAUUAUUUUGUAUUAUAAAACGGGUUCAAGGAUGUAACCAAUAGCGAGUGCAAGUCACGUAUCCAUGCUUUAAUUCUAUUGAAUCUCUCAGCCAUGCAUUUUUUGUACAGCACUGUGUGUUUUGGGUGCAUCAUUUUACCAUCAGAGUGUGAAAACCAAUACGCCAUCUCAAAGACCAGUUCUUCCAAAGAAUAGGCUAUGGCAUACUAGAUAGGCCUGUCAUGUCACAAUAGAAAGCAGGUGCAAUCUCUAUCUUUGGGAUCCUUGAAAGUUUAGAGGGAUUCAAACAACAUUUCCACUACAAAAAAUAAAUACUGUUGACCAGUUUUAUAAAACAAAUAAUGAACAUUUUUAUGUUUGUGAUAUUAUGGAUGAUGCAAGAAUUUCAGGUUGCCUUGUGCUUGUCGAAUAUUUAUUGCAAACACACUCGUGUGCGAUGUAUCACCAUGAUACACUUAUAAAUGUGCAUUAUUUGUAUGUUAUUAUGGCUGAAAUGUCAGGAAACAUGAUUUGUUUGAAUGUCUUAGGUAUAAAGCAUGAUCAUAUUCAGUAGAGGAGAACCCUUGGACUGCAGAGGAAGACAUUUAGUCAGGGGAGGGAGGAGGGGUGAUUACAAUCUCAUUCCAGAUCUUUGGCAGAAUUAAAAAAAAAAUACUGUGUACACUUAUGUGAUUAAACAUUUUCUAGGUAUUUAACUGAAUCAACUGUUCAUUUUUCUAAAUACUGUUUCAUUAGUUUGAAAGUAUUAUUGUCUAUUAAUGCUUUUUACCAAAGUUUGUGCCACAUUCUUUUUACAGGAAGCCUGCAAUAAAGGCACCAUGCAUCCUUCCUUUAAUCCCUCUUUGUUUUGUCUUGGACUUAUGGGAAUGUUUAUAAUCCAUCAAACAAAAAAAUAUGAGUUCCAAAGGUUUUAUGCUCAUCACAUGCAGAGAAUCAAAUCGAGAGCUUUUCAUGUUACAUAUUGUGUGAAAUGUUUUAUGUGGUUAAAUCCCUCCCAACCCCCCUUUUUGGGGGGUUGGAAGUGCUUACAAAUCUUUAUUACAAAUAUUAAACAUAUGUGAAGCAAUUAGUUGCAGAAUUUUUAUUGUAGUGUUUGGUCAUCUCGCUAUUAUAAACUACAAAUAUCAAAAUACCGGUACAUUAAAUUUUGUAAUUGUACAAAGAUGAUGUACGUACAUACAUUUAAAGAAAUAAUGAAUAUACCCGGUAUAUAUUAUAUGUCAGGAAAAGAUGGUUCUAUGUUGAUAUGUAAUACUAUUGCUACACAGACUGUCAUACUUUUUCUUAGAUGUAUUGAAAGAAGAUCAUGUUAUAGUAGAAAGUAAUUGGAAUGAGAUAGUGAAAGAGAACUCCAAGGAGAUAUGAUAGUGACUUAUUGUAAAAAAAAAUAUAUAUAUAUAUAGUGCAAUGGCAGUAUAUGUGCAUUCAUAUAUCAGUCUUUUAGAACUGCCGUAUUAUCUACUUGUUGGUAGGCUGAAUCACACACUAAAAAGCUUCUUGAUACUAUUACAAUUAUAAUUUAUCAUACUUUAUAUACUUGUAAAGACACUCAAACAAAAACCACAAUGUGAUGUGGUUUAUUGAAGACAGUACUUUUUUGUUUCAUUUUGUCAGCCCCAGUAAGUGUCCUUCAGCCUUACUGAGUAAAGAAAUGAACUGCAUAUUUCAACUUAUGAUAAUAUUCUAACAUAUUUGUAGAUGUCUUUCACCCAUAAUAAAAUUCCUUUCUUGAAA